AUGUGCCUCAGCAUCAAGUACGUCUGCUCAUGCAGUGCCCCCGUCCCAGACGAACCCAUGGACGCCGGCGAGGCGUGCCAGCUGUCCAUGAUGCGCGACCAAUUCGGUGACGAUGAUAACCGAUUCAACAUUUUGCACAAGGCGCUCAUCCUCCACGAGACCGUCCCCCUGACCAUCAACGACAAGAUCAGAGACCACGUCUGCCAGACCGAGGGGUGUAGCUCCAACCCGGGCACCGAGUUCACCAGCGGGUCCCACCCGGACUUCGGCUCCAUGGCGCGCUGCCCCGGCUGCGACAACGUCUUCUCCGUGGCCCCCGGCACCGUCGACGACCAACAGAUGCCCGGCAAGGUGCGGCCGUUCCUCUCACAGCACCCCGACGCCCGCGUGCCCAUCCUCGCCAAGCAAUUCUGGCCCGGGUACCGCUGCACCGCGGUGAAUGACGGCUGUCUCUGGAGCGAGCGUACUCUCAAGCGUGUAAUGAACCGACUCGAGGCUGCCAGGGAGUUUAUGGAGUGGAAGCCGCCCAGCGGUUUUCCCGGUAACCCACCUCCUCAGCAACUGGACGCGUCCGAGGAGGAGCAGAACCGUGGGGUCGAAGAGUCAGUGCCUAGCGCAACUAGGAACGGGCUGCCUUGGUCCGACGAAGACGUAAAAACACUCCUUAGCAUGAAAGACGAACGUGUCUCGGAUAAGGACAUCGCAUUUGUCUUGAGGAAGACCCAAAAAGCGGUCAACAGCAAGUUGAAUAAUCUUCGUAGAGCAGAAGAGAGAUUGGAAGCUUCACGCUCGAGGGAGUGA